AAAAUUCGAGCUCCAAAAAGAUGCUAUAAUGAAAAGACACUCGUCCUCCCUUCAAUGGCCAUGAUAUCUUCAGAGUAAAGAAACGGUGACAGACAAUAACUACUUAAUAGGACGCUUGUCUCUUUCCUGGGCAUUUUGCUUUUUUCAUGUAUAAAUAGAGGUAGUUAGGUUAAUCUAGGGUUUUUCAGCUUUAGCUAUGGCGGAUGUUGUGACCAGAAAGAAAGAGGCAGUUGAAGAUGGGGAAGCCAGAGAAGGGAAGAGUAGUGAGGAAGAAGUGAAAAAAGUCGGGUUCAUAAACCAUCUGAUCUCCACCUUACCUGCUAGCUUGGUCAUUCCUUUGAGUCCCAGAUCAAGACAGGUAGAUGAAGAACAAGAAGUAAUCUCUGACAGUACUAGUCAAGUCAAAGAAGUAGAAUCAACUAAUAAUGAUGGUGAUGAUGAUGGUGGUGGUGGAAUCAUCAAUAGUCUCAUCUCCAACUUCUUCCAUCCAAGGGAAGGUGGAGGAGGAGAAGAGGAACCGAAGGAUAAGAAAGAUGAGAAAGUUGAAGCAGAGGCUAGUGAAGCAAAAGUAGAGGGUAGUGGAGGGCUUAUUGACAAUCUUGUCUCUCACUUGCCCAGCUCCCUUCCAGUUGGAAUUUUUGUUCAGAUGAUGCAGUUCCUGCAGCUGAUGAGGCAGCCAUUCUGAUUCAUUCCAUCAUCCAUGACUAAUUUUAAGGAUCUAUAAAGCUCCAAUUUGUUUAAUUCAUUAAUUAAUGGAUAAAAUAUGUGUGGAGUCAUUGAUACAAGUUUUAUGUAAAUAAGGAAUUUUUUUUUCCCCAUUUGAUGUACUUAAGUCUACCCAUGUCAUCAAAGCUAGCUCAAUCCACUUAAGUUCAGGGUCUCAAGAAUCUGGAAUCCUAAUUGUUUUUUUUUUUUUUUU